CUGCGCGAAGCUGCGACUUGCGGUGUCUGCCUGGAUUACUUCAAGGACCCUCACAUCCUGACAUGCGGUCACAUUGCCUGCAAAGCCUGCCUUGUCUCCUGGUUCCGCACACCAGUUGCCUUCCUCCACGAAAUCCCUGACCUCAUCCACGAGACCAUCCCCACCACCCGCGACGUCUCCUAUCGCACCAAGCUCUGCCAUGUCUGCCGCGUCCAAAUCCUCCGCCGCCCUUCCCGAAUGUACCACUUCGACUCGAUCCUCGAACCGCUCGGCAUCAACCCGCAGCUCCCUACCCUCAGCCAAGACGCCCGCGAGAGCAGCGAUCCCUGGCACAACCUCUUCCCGCCCGAGCUCAACACCUAUCGCGUACGCGACGAAGACGACCAGAUGGACCGCUGUCCCGAGUGUCACAAUGAGCUGGUGGACAACUUCUGCGAGGAGUGCGACAUAGAAUUUAGCGAGAGCGAGGGGGAAGGCGAGAUGUUAUCGGAGGGCAGCGAGAUAGGGGAUGAGCUCGGCGACGGGGAUGAG